CGUGAGCCGAGAAUUGUCAGGACUCGGCCGCUUGGAAUCUGGGGUUAAUUUGGGUGUUGGUUACCUGUCGAUGAGCCUGAAUUGAGGAAUUAGACAUCGACAUGCAGACGGCCUGCGGAAGGGGUCGCUCGGUAUCUCUGGAGAGCUGAUCAGAUGGUGCUUGGUAAUAUUCCGCAAUCAUCUUUCAUCGCGUCCCAGGACCUACUAAUGGAUACCUAUGAAUUUUUGCUGCCAGUUUGUCAUCUGCUCUAGCAAAACCAUUUGCUAUGACAGCUGUUUGCCUGUGACUUUGCCUGAUAGUGCUUUGGUCGAGAUUGAGAUGGUAGAUCCCAAGUGAAUCGGUCUGAACCACAAAGUGUCCAACCAUGUCGGAAAGAAACUGGGAGUGUUGGAAGCAAUGUUGCAGAGCAACUGGAAAGAGAUUGCCGGUGCUAACUUGGCUUCCCAAGUAUUCUCUGCAAUGGCUACAGCUGGAUCUUAUGGCUGGGCUGACUGUGGGGAUGACUGUCGUGCCACAAGCUCUUGCUUAUGCUGUGGUAGCUGGUCUUCCCGUGCAGUAUGGUCUGUAUUCUUCCUUCAUGGGUUGUUUCAUCUACUGCUUUUUGGGGACCUCCAAAGAUAUAACACUUGGUCCAACGGCCAUCAUGUCCCUCUUGGUUUCUUCCUACGCAUUCCAUGAUCCCGCCUUGGCCGUUCUCCUUGCCUUUCUUUCAGGUUGCAUCCAGUUAGCUAUGGGACUUCUCCAUCUUGGUUUCAUUUUGGACUUUAUUUCAUAUCCUGUUAUUAAAGGGUUUACUUCAGCUGCUGCAGUCACCAUUGGCUUCAACCAAAUUAAGACACUCCUGGGUCUGCAACACAUUCCAAAGCAGUUUAUCCUACAAGUGUAUUAUACCUUCUGCAGAAUUAGUGAAACAAGGGCUGGAGAUGCCAUCCUUGGGGUCUGCUGCCUAAUAGCGCUUAUGGUCCUUCAACAAAUGAAAAAAGGCAUCCCCAGGACCCAUCCGAUGGAAACCUUGCCUGUCAGAAUCAGUCGAUAUAUAAUUUGGACAACAGCUACAGCCCGUAAUGCUCUUGUGGUUCUCUUUGCUGGUCUUGUGGCUUAUUCUUUCCAAGUGACUGGCUCCCAGCCUUUCAGCCUCACAGGAUCCAUUCCCCAGGGACUCCCUCUGUUCCAGCCACCACCAUUCUCCAUCAUCACACCCAAUCAGACUAUUGAUUUUAAGGAAAUGGUGCAGGCCAUUGGACCUGGCUUAGCGGUGGUGCCUCUCAUGGGACUGCUGGAGACGGUUGCUAUUGCCAAAGCAUUUGCCUCCCAAAAUAACUACCAGAUUGAUACCAACCAAGAGCUGCUAGCUAUGGGGUUUACCAACCUCCUGGGAUCCUUUGUCUCAUCCUAUCCAGUCACAGGUAGUUUUGCCCGGACAGCAGUGAAUGCUCAGACUGGUGUAUGUACUCCUGCUGGAGGACUAAUCACAGGGGCCUUGGUACUCUUAUCUCUAGCCUACCUUACGUCCCUGUUUUACUACAUUCCCAAGGCAGCACUGGCAGCAGUCAUCAUCUGUGCUGUGGCUCCAAUGUUCGAUGCCAGGAUCUUCCGCACAUUGUGGCAGGUUAAAAGGCUAGACCUGGUGCCUCUUUGUGUUACAUUCUUUGUUUGUUUUUGGGAAAUGCAAUAUGGCAUCAUAGCGGGGGUGAUGGUUUCUGGAAUCCUCCUGCUCUACCCCCUCGCCAGGCCUCAGAUAAAGGUUGUGAGGGACACGGCAAUAGUCAUAAAGCCUGAGAAUGGCCUUCAAUUCCCUGCAAUUGAUUUCCUCCGGGAUACUGUACACAAGCAAGCUCUAUCAGAGUCUCAUCAAUGCAAUGUCAUCCUGGACUGCAGCCACAUCAGCAGCAUUGACUAUACUGUGGUAUUGGGUCUGUCGGAACUUCUGCAGGAAUUUCAGCUCCGGGAACUUUGCUUGGUCUUCAUUGGCUUGAAGGUGGAAUUUGUUGCAGAAAAAAGUCUUGCAGAAUUGCACAUUGCCACUGAAGACAUGCUGGGUGACAACAGCAGCAUACUGACUACAACUGGGAUCAUCCAGUGAAGGAAGUGAACUCACUGAAGACUGGAUCUGUCCAAUAGGAGAAUCUCAGACUGAAGGAUGAAGCUUUGAGUCCAUGGAAUGGCAUAAUAGAGUCUUAGCAGAGUCUGCAGCUACUCUAUGAUGGAAUUUUUUUAACAGGAAAAAUGAGGAACUUCAACUCAACAAAUAAAGAUUCAGACAAAGAGUUGAAAAUCAUUUCAGGGAUAUUGGAAAAACUUGUGAAAUCAGAGUGGAUUAAAUACUUCUAUGACUGUAGCUUAUCAUAUGGGUGCUUUUAACAUUUCUGAAAUUAAUGAUAUUAAUAGAACACUAUUCUUCAGAAUUGCACUGUCUAUGGCAAAUUGUUUCCAGCUAUAUACUGUAAUCUGUAAUAUUCAUUUCAGUAAAAACUGAAAUGUUAGAUGCCUUUCUUUUACAGAGUUUCUAUUAAGCCAGAUUACUUGAACAUGUAUACCUCUAUUUAUGUAU